GCAGUGGAAGGGAGGAAAGCUGGAGUUCCUGGGCCACCGCUGCUACUUCGACUCCUUCCCCACCUACCGGAUCCUCCCGGAACUAUUCGUGAUGGAGUUCGUGCACGAGGGGAGGAUGCGAUGCCCCGGGUGGACGAAGGUCGCUGGGCGAGGUCUGGAGGUCCCGCUCGGAGGGUGACGAGGAGGGGAGCGGCGAAGGGGGCCAUCAGGAACUUCGUGAUCAAGGUGAUGGAAGACGGUCUGGCUUCCGAGGAGCGGACGAGAAAUUGGGUCGAACAAGCUCUCUUCUAUCUGCUGCAGAAUCGGGCAAAGUCGACAGAACCGGGAGAGCCAGGGACAUCAUCGUCGACCGCUGCCGCUGCUGCUGAUUCCGGGUUCGGGCCGGAGAAAGCCACUUCCCGUGUGACUUCCAAGAUGCCCAAUAUAAUAUUGGAAAGUUCAGAUGGAGAAGUGUUUGAGGUAGAUGUUGAAAUUGCCAAACUGAUUGGCAUCAUCCAGCCAAGCCUGGAAAAUCUUGAUUUUAUAAAUACAUUUUUUUCUCUAGAAAAUUAUGAAGAGGAAGACAGCCCCUGGCCUCUGCCCAAUGUGAAUGGAGCAAUCUUGAAGAAGGUUAUCCAGUGGUGCACAUACCACAAAGGUGACCCUCCUGCUGAUGAAGACAAUAAAGAGAAAUGUACAGAUGACAUCAGCUCAUGGGAUGCUGAUUUCCUCAAAGUGGACCAGGGCACCCUCUUUGAACUGAUAUUGGCUGCUAACUACUUGGACAUCAAAGACCUGCUGGAUGUCACCUGCAAAACUGUGGCCAACAUGUUAAAGGGGAAGACAUCCAAAGAAAUAUACAAGACCUUCAACAUCCGAAAUGACUUCACGCCAGCGGAAGAAGAAGAACUUCGCAAGCAAAAUGAGUGA